AUGUUCACGGAGAAGAUUUUUGACAAUCUUGGCGUGGAUAUGAUAACCAGCAAUGAUUCGGAAGAAUCGAUGGAGAAGUUUACGGGCAGCAUCGGCAGCAAUAAAUAUCAAUCGGUGAUAACGGACCUCGGGAAGGCUUUGCUGCAGGCAGCCCGCACAGGAAACACACCGAAAGUGCUCGAUUUGAUGGGCCGUGGCGCACCUUUUACUGCAGACUGGCUCGGCACGACACCACUGCAUUUAGCGUCACGAUACAACCACAUCGAAACAUGCAGGGCAUUACUAAGGGCCGGCAUAAGUAAGGAUUCAAAAACCAAGGUCGAGCGAACGCCCCUGCAUAUGGCCGCCUACCAUGGUAACAUCGAGAUCGUGGAACUGUUGCUAAGCAACAAAUGUGAAGUGGAUGCAAAGGAUUUGCUUAAAAUGACUCCACUGCACUGGGCAGUUGAAAAACGCCACGACAAGGUAGUGGAAAUGUUACUACAGCACGGUGCAGAUCCGAAUGCGCUGUCCAAGUUUGACAAGUCACCAAUACUGCUUGCCAAAACCACAAAACAGAUGGAGCUGGUGCGGAUACUGAAGCUAGCGAACGAGUUACGUGCCGCAAGCAGCGAACAAGUAGGGAUAAAGGAGGCAACGGAUAGUCUAAUGCAUGAGCUGCAGCAACACAAAGAACGUCAUGCGGAAGGUCAAAGCGCAAUGGCGAGCGAGAACGACGAGAUAGAGGAUAAUAUUACGAUGGAACUGAGUAACGAUAGUAAUGCCAAUCUGUCGGAGCACUCCGACCACCACCCGCUCAACGAUACGGACAUGCUCAUCGAGAAGGAGGACAGUCUGAGCGAUGCCAUAACGAAUCUGGAGCAGAGUACGGAGACGGAUCCGAAAAAUCUAGACUCGUCCACGCUGCAAAUGCUCAAGGAGCACGGUAUCGCCUUUAUGCCGACGGACGAAGGUGGCAGCGUGAUAACGUCCGCUAUCAAGAGCGGUAGGAAAAUUGUACUUUCGGAAGCGGGGAAAUACGCACUCAAGGAAACGAGAAACCUUCACACUCAACAGCAGCAACAACAGCAACCGCACCAUUUACAAAAGCAAACCUUCCACACGGCAUCAUCCAUCCACGGUACGAACAUCACGCACUCGAAAACUAAGACAAUCAAAAUCAUCAAAAAACAACCCUCCUCAUCGCACCUGCACCAUUCACACCUGCAUCACGUGCAUCACACUAGCACGGGUGCCACACCAACGAUAAAAACGAAUAAAGUGAUCAAAAUUCUAUCGCCGGAAGAGUUUAAACAAAUCUGUGGCGGUGAGGUCGGAGGCAUUAAGCGUGUGUCCUCGUCGGAAUACAAGAAAGCGGUUGGGUCGGCACCUGUGAGAGUUCCUAUCGGUGGUCGGUCACAUGUCAUACCAUCGUCCGGUGGUAGCAUGGGCACGAAACCGAUCAGCAAAAUCGUUAUGACGAAAUCGGGUCAACGGUUUCCGAUGGUGACGGCUGCCGGUAAGUCCGUCAGUGACCUUGUACAGGCGAAAGUUAGUGGUAGUAGUAGUAACAGCAGUGGCAUAUCGAAUGGACUGUCCAGUGGCCACAAUCGGCACAUCAUAACGUCGGUGGAUGGUGUAAAACGGAUUCGGACCGCUGCCGGUAUGGAGAUAAUUUCGUCACUACCCACCAAACUGCCCCAGGAUACGGUCGUGUCGGUCGAAUCGUCGCCGGCGCCUCGGGUAGGCGCCGUGUAUCAUCGUGUUACCACGAUAGGCAAUCAUCAUACGACCGCCUCCACCAAGUCUAUCUCCUCCUCAUCCUCCUCCUCGAAAUCCGGAAGCGGGCCGGCGUCAAACCUGGUGGUGGAAUUGCUCGAACGACAACAGGUCGAGCUGAAAAAGCUCAUCGAGGAUCUGCGGAAACAGUUCGAACUGUCGCAGCAGCAGAACGAGGAUUACCGGGCCAGGGUGGAAAAACUGGAGAAAGAGGUGCAAACGCUUAAGCAGCAGCAGCAGGGAUCGAGCGGGACGGCAACAACGAGCGGGUUGGUCGAGAUCCUGUAG